AUGGAUUAUCUAACUAAUGCAUUUUACAAAAUAAAAAAUUAUUUCUUGGGUGAUAACAAUAACAAUAACAAUAAUAACAAUAAUAACAAUAAUAACAAUAAUAACAAUAAUAACAAUAAUAACAAUAAUGAAAUCAACCCCUGCACACAACCAUCUAACUUAAUUAAUAAUUUUUCCAACAACAACAAUAAUAUUAAAAAUAACAAUAAUAAUAUUAAUAAUAAUAUUAAUAAUAAUAACAAUAAUAAUAAUAAUAAUAUUAAUAAUAAUAACUUUUCACAAAACAGUCAAUCCCCACAAGACCAAUGUAUUUAUGCCCCACCACACAAUCAAUCACCAUCUCAACCACAAAAUAUAACCUCAGAUACACCAUAUCAUAGAUCCACUGAAGUUAUACCAACUUUUCCUGCAACAGGAUCACCAUAUACCCCAUCACCAAAUCAAUCACCAUCUCAACCUCAAAAUAUAUCUUCAGAUUCACCAUAUCAUAGAUCCACUGAAAUUAUACCAACUUUUCCUGCAACAAUAUCACCAAACACCCAAUCACAAAAUCAAUUUUUUAAUUCUUCUCCAUCAAAUACCCCAAUUCCACCAUGGUUUGCACAAUCACAACCACAAAAUAUAACCUCAGAUUAUACACCAUUUCAUAGAUCCACAGAGGUUAUUCCAACCUAUCCUGCAACAAGAUCAUCAUCCAAAAUUAAUUCAGAUAAUGAGCCAGAAUCAAGCAACCUUUCUACAGUUGCAUCAACUGGUAAUCCAAUGAAAAAGAGACCAUUGGAAGAAGAUGAUAUAUCAAAUAAAAGUGAUAGAAAAAUUAACAAAAAAAAAAAACUCGAUGAAGAGAGUUUAAAAAAAGAUAAAGAUCGUGCAAAAAUGGAAAGAUUAAAAAAAGAAAAAGAAAAAAAAGAAAAAUUAGAAAAAACUAAAAAGGAAAAAGAAGAAAAAGAAAGAUUGGAAAAGCUCCAAAAAGAAAAAGAAGAAAAAGAAGAAAAAGAGAAAUUAGAAAGGGGACUAUUAGAAAUAAAUUACCAUUGUAAUAUUUGCAUAGAUCAAAUAGAGACCAUAAAAAAAGCAACAAUUGAUUGCAAUCAUAAAUUUUGCUUUGAUUGUAUAUUAGAAUGGUCGGAUCAAGCUAACACCUGUCCAACAUGUAGAAAAAGAUUUUAUAAUAUAAAAAGAGACAAUUAUGUUGAAGGUUUAGUAAACAGUGCCAAUGUCCCAUAUAGAGUUCAAGGAGAUGAUAGAUGGCCAAAUUAUUACAGUACACUCCAAGAAUUAAUCCAUGACGCCGCUCAACUCCCACCAACUCCAUACCCUUUUCCUUACAAUUCUUAUCCUGGUUUAUAUAAUAAUGAAGAUCACCCAGGAAAUGGCGAUGAAGAUAGCGAUGAAGAUGAAGAAGAAGAUGAUAAAGAAGAUAACGAAGAAGAUGACGAAGAAGAUGACAUGGAUCUCUCAACUUAA